AUGUCACGCCCGGCGAAGUAUCGCCAGAUUCAAACUAGAUCUGCUGAAAUUGAUGGCGACGACGAGGAGCAAGAUUUCAAUUCCGACCAUGAUGCAACAUUGCCAGAUGGAGGACCCAACAAGAGCCCAAGAGGACCAACGCCGGACACAGAGCCAGAAGACACUGCACCAGAAGACACAGAGACAGAAGUCGAAGAGUCAGCAGAAGAAAAGGAAAGAGAGGUCCCACUCAAUGCAUGGGUCCAUCUCACUCAUGAACAUUGUCGGGCCGUAUGCAAAGGACCAAUCUCCAAUAGUAAGAAGGACCGGAUUAGCUGUGGGAAACUCAAGACCAAGUGCCAUCUGCACCGCGUCUUGAGAGAAGAAGGGCACCGGGCCAAACCUAUGUGGUAUGAGGGAAUUGUCUCCACCAAGGACAAGAACACCAACACUGGGGAGUACAUCGUCCACGGUCGACAGGAUGGUUUCAGCCGAUCUGAAGAGAGAAUGGACGAGAGCCUCAACCGGGCAACAGGAUUAGACGACAAGGAGUCUCCUUCUGAAGAUGAAGAGGGACCCGAGGACACUGACCGCGAAGAGACAGACUUUGAUGCAACAGAUUUUGAAGCCAGUGAGGGGGAGACAGAAGGCCACCUCAACGAGGAUCCCGAGGCCGAUGCUCUCCAAGAGCUUAACCAUAAGAUCGCUCUGAUGGAAAGAGAGACCCAACUGUUGAGGCUGAAGGCGGAACGUGCUAAACUAGAAGAUGAGUUGCCCAAGAAGAAACCGGCCCGCAAAGGGAAGCAGGCCACUCCCAGCGAGAAGAAGGCUCAAGCAACAGCCCGCAAACAAACCCCAAUCGCCAGAAAGAAGAAGUUGAGGAUGAACAAGCCUCCUCCUAAACAAGUGUCAAAGAGGGCAACAACACUUCCAAAUCCCCUUCUAAGCCAACUGCCGCCACCCCGAGAAAAUUGGACCCAGAACUGUCAGCCACCACCACUACCAUACCAUCUCGACGCAUUGGCAAUUCAGAACGUACUUUCAAGCCGCCUUCUGUUAUCCCCUCCCAAGGCUGUGGACAAGCGAUGGGUUACGGCUUUGAGUUCCUCUCAGCACUGGAGUCACAGUUGGUCACAGCCCAAUGCUUCUGCUUUGUUGACGACACCGACGUCAUUGAGGCUGGCAAUACAGUCCUUCACUCGGGUGAAGCCAUAUGUGCAGGACGCCGCCACUCUGUGGGCUGGGGGAAUCCGAGCCACUGGAGGUGUGAUGAACCCCGAGAAGUUCUUUUGGUGGCUCAUCAAUUUUGAGUGGGACUCCCGCACAGGCAAAUGGAAAUUUUGUGGGAAAAAAGCAGUCACCCCCAACUUUGAACUCCAAAUUCAAGGUCUUUCAGGUGCUACUGAAUCCCUGCGUCCCCUUGAACCAGAUGACUUGGAACGCACUUUGAGAGUUAUGCUUGCUCCCUUGGAAAACCUUAAGGCUCACAAGGUUCAGAUGGUUGCUAAAGGCAAGGAUUGGGCAGAACAGCUUUGA